CUUUUUCAACUAAACUGUUUAGAAGAAAAGAUAGAUGAGUGAAAGUUUUGUGAGGCAUAAAACAGUGACAAAGGUCAGCAAGACUCGGCUCCUCCCCCUUUAUCAUUCACUAUAAAGCUGUCGGGUCCCGCCCACUCUGAUCAGUCUCUCAGGUACAGAACUCGCUGCUAUGAUCCCGGUGCAGUUAGUGAUGUAUGAGCUGUGCCCUCAGAGCGAGGCUGUUGAGCUGUCGGCUCCCGAGUCCAAUGUUACUGACACUGAAGCACCCGGUGAGGAGGAGCGCGGGACUUGCAAGUCUCACCUGAACGGAUCAGACAGUUCUAAAGACCGGACUGACCCCCUGUUGCCGCAUGCACAGCCAGAGGGAACACAUGGAGGUGCAAAUGAAGAACAAACAAGAUGCACUUACUGCAUACCGACUCGCUUCAAUAGGUACAAAGAGAUUUUCUUUAAUCACUGGAAGAUCUGUAUCUUGGCUGGAGUCCUAGUUUGUUUAGUACCGGUAGUUGUAGUUCCAGUCUCUGUCCUUUUCUCUAAUACCGAAAAAACCUCAAACGGCAAUACAACUCUAAAUAUUUCCAGAGAACUUUCACCAAAUUCUAGUUUCUCUCUUGAAGAACUUGAUUGGAAGUCGUGCAAUGGAGUAAAUGUUAAUAUUUCCAACCAAGAAUUGUCCUUUAAAGGCAGCAAAGAUCACUGUGCCAAGUACCAGGCCCGACUGCUGGAUAUGAACUCUGCCAAGACCAUACAAGAUUGCAUCAUGGACAAAGCCGACUACUGGGUUGGACAGAACUGUGAAUUAAUGAACAAUUCAACCUGCGAAGUUUUCAACAAGAUUAAGUGUGAGCAGCUUCAUCCCAGCACUAUGAGACGGUUUAUUUGUACUAAGUAGUGUGACGGCAUUAGGUCA